GUUAAUCGUAGCCCUUUCUCAACUAAAAUCUCGCACGAAACUCACUCCUUUUUUUUGAGUCUUUAUUAUUGUUACUGUAGUGAGAGAAAGCUCAGAACUACUCUUUUACUUGAUUUUCUCUCUCAUCCCAGGUACUUCUAUGUAUGGUUUAGGUGAAAAAAAAUUGUGUAGAACAUUUUUGGUGGUGUUUAAUGGGGAAGGGUAAACCUAGGGCUGUUGAGAAAGGUGUAUUGGGGCAGAAUUCGAGUGUUUCAUCGUCUGAGUCAUUGAGUAUACCAUCUGGGCCUGUGUAUUAUCCAACUGAGGAUGAAUUUAGAGACCCUUUGGAUUUUAUUUAUAAGAUCAGGCCAGAGGCUGAGCCAUAUGGGAUUUGUAAGAUUGUUCCACCUAAAAAUUGGAAACCCCCAUUUGCAUUGAAUUUAGAUUCGUUUACAUUUCCCACGAAAACACAGGCCAUUCACCAGUUGCAGGCUCGCCCUGCUGCCUGCGAUUCCAAGACUUUUGACUUGGAGUAUAAUAGGUUUUUGGAGGAUCAUUCUGGUAAGAAGUUGAGAAGGAGGGUAGUCUUUGAGGGUGAUGAAUUGGAUUUAUGUAAAUUGUUUAAUGCUGUGAAGCGGUAUGGUGGUUAUGAUAAGGUUGUGAAGGAUAAAAAGUGGGGAAAUGUUUCUCAGUUUGUGAGGUCGUCCAGAAAGAUUUCAGAGUGUGCAAAGCAUGUCUUAUCUCAGUUGUACAGGGAACAUUUAUAUGAUUAUGAAUGUCACUAUAAUGAGUUAAAUCGAGAGCCAGGUCGGAAUGGUAAGAGGGUAAUUCAUGAGGGGAGGAGUCAAUGUAGGACUGAAAAUCCGAGUUCAAAAAUGAGGCGAAUGAAUAUUGAUGGUGACAAAAUAAAGGUUUGUAAGGCAAAGGAGGAGGAAGAGCAUGAUCAGAUUUGCGAACAGUGCAAAAGUGGGUUGCAUGGAGAAGUGAUGCUUUUGUGUGAUAGGUGUGAUAAGGGGUGGCAUAUUUAUUGUCUCUCUCCACCAUUAAAGCAGGUACCACUUGGCAACUGGUAUUGCUUAGAUUGCUUAAAUUCUGAGAAAGAUAGCUUCGGUUUUGUGCCUGGCAAGCGUUACUCAAUUGAAGCUUUUAGGCGUAUGGCUGAUAGGGCCAAGAAGAAAUGGUUUGGGUCUGGAUCUGCUUCCCGGAUGCAAAUAGAAAAAAAAUUCUGGGAAAUUGUGGAAGGAUCUCUUGGUGAGGUGGAGGUUAUGUAUGGUAAUGACUUAGAUACUUCUAUCUAUGGGAGUGGUUUUCCACGUGUAGAUGACCAGAGACCUGAGUCAGUUGAGGCUAAGGUUUGGGAUGAAUAUUGUAGUAGCCCGUGGAAUCUCAAUAACUUGCCCAAGUUAAAAGGGUCCGUGCUACGAGCUGUUCAUCACAACAUUGCAGGAGUAAUGGUGCCUUGGCUGUAUAUCGGAAUGCUAUUCUCAUCUUUUUGCUGGCACUUUGAGGAUCAUUGCUUUUACUCCAUGAAUUAUCACCACUGGGGAGAGCCAAAAUGUUGGUAUAGUGUCCCAGGUAAUGAAGCCAAUGCUUUUGAGAAGGUGAUGCGUAACUGCCUUCCUGAUCUUUUUGAUGCGGAACCAGAUUUGCUCUUUCAGCUUGUUACCAUGUUGAAUCCAUCUGUUUUGCAAGAAAAGGGAGUUUCUGUAUAUAGUGUUUUACAGGAGCCUGGGAAUUUUGUGAUCACUUUCCCCAGAUCUUACCAUGGAGGAUUCAAUCUUGGUUUAAAUUGCGCCGAGGCUGUCAAUUUCGCUCCUGCCGACUGGUUACCUCAUGGCAGGUUUGGAUCGGAGCUGUAUCAGUUAUAUCGUAAAACUGCUGUGCUGUCUCAUGAGGAGCUUCUAUGUGUAUUAGCUAAGGAUGAAUGUGAUAGCAGAGUAGCGCCUUACUUGAAGAAAGAAUUGCUUAGGAUAUACACAAAAGAGAAAACCUGGAGAGAGCGGCUUUGGAAAAAUGGUAUUGUCAAAUCAUCCCCUAUGCCUCCUCGGAAAUGCCCAGAAUUUGUCGGUACCGAAGAGGACGCAACAUGCAUAAUAUGCAAGCAGUAUCUUUAUCUUUCAGCUGUUGUGUGUCGCUGUAGGCCAUCCACGUCUGUAUGUCUGGAGCAUUGGGAGCGCCUUUGUGAAUGCAAAUCCAGUAAACGUCGUCUUCUCUAUCGCCAGUCACUUGCAGAAUUGAAUGACUUGGUGCUUGCAGUGGAUAAAUAUUGUUCAGAGGAGACUACACAAAAUAGGAAUGCACGAAGGCAGAUCUCUUGCUCCAAUGAACCAAAAACUUUGAUUAGAAAGGUGAAAGGUGGUCAAGUUACUUUGAAUCAACUUGCAGAACAAUGGCUUAUGCGCUCGGGUAAGAUUUUUCAGAACACAUUUUCGAGGGAUGUUUAUAUUGCUGCAAUGAAGGAAGCUCAGCAAUUUUUGUGGGCGGGCUCUGAGAUGGAUCCUGUAAGGGACAUGGCAAAGAAUCUGGUAGCUGCUCGGAAGUGGGCAGAAAGUGUUAGAAAAUGUGUGUCUAAAAGUGAUAAAUGGUCACAUAAUCAACGUGAUGGUUUAGAGAAAGUUCACUUGGAAUACGUAAAUGAGUUGCUGAGUGUUAAUCCUAUGCCUUGUAAUGAGCCUGGACAUAUGAAAUUGAAGGGUUAUGCUGAAGAGGCAAUGGCUUUGAUACAGGAAAUUAAUACUGCUUUAUUAGCAACCUCAAUGCUAUCUGAGUUGGAACUUUUGUACUCUAGAGUUCAAAACUUUCCACUUCACGUACAAGAGAGUGAAAAAUUAUUGCAGAAGAUUUCAUCUGCUAACGUCUGGCUAGAGAAUGCAAGGAAGUGCAUUUCAGAACAAUGUCUUGCUGCUGUUGAGGUUGAAUCUCUGUAUCAGCUAAAGUCAGAGAUUUUGGAGCUCCAAAUUCAGUUUCCAGAGACAGAAAUGCUUCUGGAUUUAUUAAAUAAAGCUGAAUCAUGUCGUGCUCAGUGUGAUGAAAUUCUGAAACAUCCCAUUAAUUUAAAGAAUGUUGAAGUACUUCUUCUAGAGAUGGAUAAUUUUACUGUCAACGUACCUGAGUUGAAGCUUCUAAGGCAAUACCAUGCUGAUGCUGUUUUGUGGAUAUCGCGCUUUAAACAUGUUUUAGCAAACAUUUCUGAACGAGAAGAUCAACAUAAUGUUGUUGCUGAAUUAGAUUGCAUCUUAAAGGAGGGGGCAUCCUUGAAAAUUCAAGUUGAUGAGUUACCUCUUGUUGAGGUUGAGUUGCAGAAGGCUUGUUGCAGAGAUAAGGCACUAAAGGCACGUGAGACUAAGAUGUCUAUAGAGUUUCUCAGGCAACUGAUGGUGGAGGCUGGACAGUUAAAUAUUGAGAGAGAGAAAUUAUUUGUUGAUACGUUAAAAGUACUUGGUGACGCCACGCAAUGGGAAGCAAGGGCAACAGAUAUUCUUGCACGUAAAGCUGAUUUGUCUGACUUUGAAGAUGCUAUAAGGGUUUCGGAAGAUAUAUGUGUCCUUCUACCUUCUCUCAACGAGGUUAAAGAGGCAUUCACUCUGGCUACAUCUUGGUUGAAAAAUGCUAAUCCAUAUUUUGAGUCAUCUUCCCUUUUGCUACCAGCCUCAAAUUCUUUGCUUCCUUUAAAAUUUGAGGCCCUACAGGACUUAGUUUCCCAAUCAAAGCUAUUAAAGGUCUCUUUGAGAGAAAGAAGUAUGCUUGAAACUGUUCUAAAAGACUCCGAGGACUGGAAGAAUAAUGCUUGCUUUCUACUGCAAGAUACAAGAUGCCUUUUUGAUACAACUGACAUUUGUGAAGGAUUAUUAAAUGAUCUUAGUUCAAAAAUUGAGAGUUUAGUUACUAGAAUUGAUUCAGCCAAAAAGAAAGGUUCAUCUUUUGGCUUUGACUUAGAUGAGAUUCCAAAACUUGAGGAUGCUUGUUCUACACUACAAUGGUGUAAAACAGCCUUUUCUUUUUGUUCCAGUGCUCCUCCUUUUAAGGAUGUUGAGAACUUAAUGAAGGCUGCUGAACAUUUACCUAGCACAUUUACUUCUAGUAGUUUCUGGAGCUCAUUGAUUAAUGCGGUCAAAUGGCUUUGGCAAGCUUCAGAAGUAAUUUCUUCGCAAUCAAAUUCAAAAAGAUGCACCUUGAGUGAUGCUGUAAGAGUUCUUGACAGUUCUCAGCAUGUUAGUAGUAUCUACCCAGUCAUGGUUGGUGAACUUGAAAAUGCAAUUCAGAAACACAAGUUGUGGCAAGAGCAAGUGCAUCACUUUUUUAACCUAGAACCUGGGAAACGUUGUUGGUCUCUUAUUUUACAGCUUAAGGAAACUGGAAUUGCUGAUGCUCUUAGUUGCUCAGAACUCAAUAUGGUUUUAUCUGAAGUUGCCAAGGUUGAAAAGUGGAAACAAUCUUGCAGAGACAUUUUAGGGACCUUAAUUGAUGAUGAGACCACAUUGCUUGACACUUUGCUAAAGAUAAAGCAGACAUUAGAAAGAUCAUUGUCUAUAUUAGACAAGUCAUGUGGCUCAAAAGCAAAGGAUUUUUGUCUGUGCUGUUUUAAUGAUUCCCAGAACCAGGAGUUUCUUACUUGUUCCAUCUGCAAGGACUGCUACCAUUUGCGGUGCCUUGGACCUGCAGCUGUGGAUGUAGCAUGCGUAGAAGGAUAUAGAUGUCCUUAUUGUGAAUAUAUAGUGUCAGGACAAAUUUCUUUCAAGGGAGGUGGUCCUCUGAGAUUUGCAGGGAAGCGUCCAGAACUUAAAAUGCUUAUUGAACUUCAGUCCAACCAUCAUGAUUUCUCCGUCUGUAUUGAAGAAAGAGAAAUUUUGAAAGAGCUCGUGGAGAAAGCUAAGGCAUGCAAAAGUUGCCUGACAGAAACGGUUGAUAAUGCCUUAUUUUUGGUUGAUAAAGAUCUGGGUAUAAUAUCCGGAAAACUAACUGCUGCUUUAAAGGCAACCGAGCUAGCAGGUGUAUGUGACAAUGCAGUUGAUCGCAAUCUCAAGUUGACUUUGGCAAGAAACUCUUGGAAACAUAAAGUCAAUAAGUUACUGGAGAGUUUAGAGAAGCCCACACUCCAACAGAUUCAACAGCAUUUGAAAGAGGGGUUAGCCUUGAACAUUCCACCAGAAGAUUACUUCAGGCAGAAACUUACAGAAGUGAAGCGUGUAGGUCUGAAGUGGGCAGAUUAUGCUAAGAAGGUCGCAGCAGAUUCUGGGGCUCUUAGCUUAGAUAAAGUUUUUGACCUUAUCGCAGAGGGGGAGAAUUUGCCCGUUCAUCUAGAUAAGGAACUUCAGUUAUUAAGAACUCGUGGUAUGCUAUAUUGCAUUUGUCGGAAGCCGUAUGAUCAAAGAGCGAUGAUUGCAUGUGAUCAAUGCGACGAGUGGUAUCACUUUGACUGCAUCAAAUUAGUCACUCCACCAAAUACUUACAUCUGUCCUGCAUGUGAACCACAAAUGGCGGAAUUGCCGAUGCUGUCUUUGGUGGAUAAUGAGAGAUCAUCGGAUGCCAAAUCUGUGGAGCCUAAGACACCAUCUCCUCGGAACACAAAGUCAAUAAAGAAAUCGAAAAGGGUCAAUUCCGACCCAACUCAAAAGAUGAUCUCAAUUACAGAUGAGAGCAACACUGCCAGGUGCUCUAGUGGGAUUGAAAGUCUUUGGUGGCGAAAUCGGAAACCUUUCAGAAGGGCGGUUAAGAAACGAACAGAGCUUGAAAGUCUUUCAUUUUUCCAUUCACAGCAACAUUGAACAUGAAAUCCAGUUAGCUACUAACCAUUUGAUUCAUUCAUUUCAUUCAUAGUCAUUCUAGAUCUCACUUGUCUUCUUCUCCUGUUCCUUUGAUCAAAAUAAAGGGGGGAGCAUUUUCAUUUUGUCAAAAUUGUCUCAUGUUGCUUAGAAGAAACAUCUAAAAUUUUGAGAAAUUAUGCCAAUUCUUAUUAGAUUGAGCUCAUCACUUAUUAAUAUUAUUAAAAAUAUUAUUAUAAGUUCA